AUGCCCUCCUACUUCUACCACCUCAUUCUCGAAGUCCUCUCCCACCCCCAGGCCAGCACAGCGCAUACACCUUCAAAGGACGCACAAAAACAUCCGAACACUGAGACCUCUCUCGAAGAAUACGCUUUAACGCUCAAAUCCCUACGUGAAUCUGUACGGCCGUUUCGUAGGAAGAAAGCCAAACCCUCGCCGAACGUUGCCACCGAUCUUGCGAACCACCUAGCUACCACGUCCCUACAAGACACGGAGAUACAUACAGAUCACGAUCCCCGAACAGACACCCUCACCAUACAGGGCGUCGAUAUGGUUCAUAACGAGAUAUCCAGAGGCAUAGGGUCGAAUGUUAUUAGCGGCUUAGCUACGAAGGGCAAAUAUGUCCCUCUUGAUCUGGGUUUGACGGAUAGCGUGUAUGGGAUUGUUCAUCUUUACCGUGAUGCAGAGGAAACACCUUCGCUAGGCCAGGAUAAUCAUGACCAGGAUCUGUUCUAUUUGCAGGGUGUAGGGUCUUCUUCACAUGCGCCUGCUUCGAACCAUCCAUCUGCGUCUUGUCCUGCUCAUGCGUCAGGUUCCAGAGCCGCAGGUGGGCCAGCGGAAGAAACGCUUUCGUUGGACGAUUGUACAACGUUAUGUAUUCUUGCAGUCCCGUCAUACCUCUCUCCCUCGGAUUUUCUGGGGUAUGUAGGUGAACAGACGAUGGAGGACGUUAGUCAUUUCCGGAUGGUGAAGACUGCGAGGGCAAAUCGAUAUAUGGUUCUAAUGAAGUUUCGGAGUGGGAAAAAGGCCAAGGAAUGGCAGAAUACUUGGAACGGGAAGCUAUUUAAUAGCAUGGAGCCUGAAGCUUGCCAUGUGGUAUUUGUCAAAGACGUGGAGAUACAGGUUAGUUCUUCUGCAGCGGAGUCAAAGUUCCCCGAUAUGAAGAACGAUCCGUUUCCCUUUUCGGAUGCACCUUCAACAAUGUCGAGUAAACCGCUGGCUCCACCUACACCAUCGUUGAUAGAAUUGCCUACUUGUCCUGUAUGCCUCGAGCGUAUGGACGAGACAUCAGGUUUACUUACGAUUCUCUGCCAGCAUGUUUUUCACUGCACUUGUCUACAGAGAUGGAAAGGAAGUGGGUGCCCGGUCUGUCGGUAUACGCAGGACGAUCUAGGGAAGCGGAAUGUCAACUUUGCCAUGGAUGAGGGACCGAGCGAGUGUAGCGUCUGCCAUUCAGAAGUUAAUCUCUGGAUAUGUCUGAUAUGUGGCAACAUCGGCUGUGGGCGGUACGAUGGAGCGCACGCCUUCGAUCACUACAAGGAGACAUCCCACUCGUUCGCCAUGGAUCUCACCUCCCAGCGUGUCUGGGAUUACCUAGGAGACGGCUAUGUCCACCGUAUCAUCCAGGGUAAAUCAGAUGGCAAGCUCCUAGAACUUCCAGCCAGGGGAGACAGCGCGCUCGAUCCUCCAGAUUGGAGCGAUGCCGUGCCGCGAGAAAAAUUCGAAAACAUCAGCGUCGAGUAUACCCACCUACUCACCAGCCAACUUGAGAGCCAGCGCGUUUACUUUGAAGAGCAAGUUGAGCGUGCCGCAGAUAAAGCUUCCAAGGCCAGCGCAAGCGCAUUAUCCGCCCAGGAGGCAGCAGAACGGCUUGCCAGAGAUAUGGAGAAGCUACAGUCGCAGUAUGAUUGUUUAACUCGAGAAACCAUCCCGUCUCUGGAGCGUGACAAGGCGCGCGCCGAGCGCCGAGCAGAAAAGUUCGAGUCCAUGUCUCGGACGAUGGAGAAGCAAUGGCGGGAAGAGAAGACGAUGAAUGCCAGCUUAAUGGAGCGAGUAGAAUUUCUUGAUGCAGAGGUGACCAAACUGAAGGCCGCAAACGAGGAUCUGGCAGAGCAGAAUCGAGAUCUUACAUUCUUCAUUAGCGGGACUGAACGGUUGAAGAACCAGGGCGAAGAUGUCGUAGAGGGAACAGUCAGCGUUCCAGAUCCCCCGACAUCAAGUUCGAAGCGGAAAGGAAAACGCAAGGCAAAGAAGUAG